CUGUCCUUUGUCCGCCAGAUGGCAGCUUCACCUUCAGUCGGAGUGAGCGCAACGACAUAAACCGCCGUUUGCCAGAGAGAGGAAAAAAAAUAAAAAUAAAAAAAGUCAGAAAAAAGCAAGCACUUUAUCCGGUGAGGGCUUCAAGGGGGGGUGGGGAAGGAUAUCAGCCUGAGUUACUCGGAGCCCGAAUAUUAAUAAAAAAUAUCGAGAAGGGGAGGGGGAAAAACCGGAAUACAACAGUUGUGGAGAGAGAGGAAAAAAAUAAUUAAAAGGUUUUUCGUUCUGUGACUAGAUUGGAACUGAACACACUGCAGUUGUGAACUUGUGAAGACAAAUAAAAUAUAUUUUUGUCACAGAAGAUGUGUAGGAGAUGAUAGCUGAACCUGAAAUACCCACAGAAUUUCAUCUCCCUCAGGAGACUGAAACACCUUUCUCCUCUGAUACUGAUUUUGAAGACUUUGAUGGAAAAUCUUAUAAUCCAACCAAGUCCAGUAAAAAAGUAAAAAAAGUUUCUGGAGAGAAAGGAAAAAGUGGAAAUGGUGGAAAAUCUGCAACAGGCAUGAACCGGAUGAAUGGACAUCACCAACAGAAUGGAGGAGUGGAAAACAUGAUGCUAUUUGAAGUUGUGAAAUUGGGCAAGAGUGCAAUGCAGACUGUUGUAGACGACUGGAUUGAAUCCUACAAGCAUGACCGGGAUACUGCACUUCUGGAUCUCAUAAAUUUUUUUAUUCAGUGUUCAGGCUGCAAAGGUGUAGUAACUGCUGAGAUGUUCCGUCACAUGCAAAAUUCUGAGAUAAUUCGUAAGAUGACAGAAGAAUUUGAUGAGGACAGUGGUGAUUACCCGCUUACAAUGCCUGGUCCACAAUGGAAAAAAUUCAAGUCUAGUUUCUGUGAAUUCAUCUCUGUGCUUGUGAGGCAGUGUCAGUACAGUAUCAUAUAUGAUGAAUAUAUGAUGGACACUGUUAUUUCACUGUUAACUGGGUUGUCAGACUCCCAGGUUCGAGCAUUCAGACACACCAGCACAUUGGCAGCUAUGAAGCUGAUGACAGCCCUAGUAAAUGUGGCGUUAAAUUUAAGUAUUAACAUGGACAAUACUCAGCGGCAAUAUGAAACUGAAAGAAAUAAAAUUAUUGGCAAAAGAGCCAAUGACAGGUUGGAGCUCCUAUUACAGAAAAGAAAAGAGCUUCAAGAAAAUCAGGAUGAAAUUGAAAAUAUGAUGAAUGCCAUUUUUAAAGGGGUGUUUGUACAUCGAUAUCGUGAUGCAAUCUCUGAGAUAAGAGCAGUCUGCAUCGAAGAGAUUGGGGUAUGGAUGAAAAUGUACAGUGAUGCCUUCUUAAAUGACAGUUAUUUGAAGUACGUAGGGUGGACCAUGCAUGAUAAGCAAGGGGAAGUGAGGCUAAAAUGCUUAACAGCCCUGCAAGGUCUCUAUUAUAACAGAGAGCUCAUUCCUAAACUUGAACUUUUUACAAGUCGUUUCAAGGAUAGAAUUGUUUCUAUGACUCUAGAUAAAGAAUAUGAAGUUGCUGUGCAAGCAAUAAAACUUCUGACUCUUGUUCUGCAGGGUAGUGAUGACGUCCUUACCUCUGAGGACUGUGAAAAUGUCUACCAUUUGGUUUACUCUGCUCAUCGACCAGUCGCUGUAGCAGCCGGAGAAUUUCUUUACAAAAAGCUUUUCAGUCAGAAAGACCCUGAAUCUGAUGAAGGGGCAGUAAAAAGAAAAGGAAGGCAAAGCCCAAAUGCAAAGCUCAUCAAAACACUGGUGUUUUUCUUCCUCGAGAGUGAGCUGCACGAACAUGCUGCUUAUCUUGUGGAUAGCAUGUGGGAUUGUGCAACUGAUUUGCUCAAAGAUUGGGAAUGCAUGGCUAGUCUCCUUUUGGACGAGCCACUCAAUGGUGAAGAAGUGCUCACUGAUAGACAGGAGAGCGCACUUGUCGAAAUUAUGCUCUGCACAAUCCGGCAAACAGUGGAGUGCCAUCCUCCAGUUGGGAGAGGUUCAGGUAGAAAGGUAUUGACUGCAAAAGAGAAAAAAACUCAGUUGGAUGAUCGGACCAGAAUUACGGAACAAUUUUCAGCUGUCCUUCCACAGCUCUUGGCAAAGUAUGCUGUUGACGCAGAGAAAGUGACGAACCUUUUACAGUUACCACUGUUUUUUGAUUUGGAGAUCUAUACAACUGGCCGACUGGAAAAGAAUCGAAGAAAGAUGGUAUUUCAGAGUUAUAGUCAGAUGUCUUGGUUAAUUGCCCAGAGACAGCAAGAGGAAGCAAGGCAACAAGAACGAACUGCGAUGAACUAUGUUAAAUUAAGAUCUAAUCUGCAACAUGCUAUUCGACGUGGCACAGGUUUGAUGGAGGAUGAUGAAGAGCCAAUAGUGGAAGAUGUAAUGAUGUCUUCGGAGGGUCGUAUUGAAGAUCUGAAUGAGGGCAUGGAUUUUGACACCAUCGGCAUUGAUUUGCCACCAUCCAAGAAUAGACGUGAAAGAAAUGAAUUAAAACCAGAUUUCUUUGACCCUGCCUCAAUAAUGGAUGACUCGGUCCUUGGAGUUUCAAUGUUCUGAGGAAAUGUCAUUGUAUGAAUGAUUGAGAGGUAGUUUUAAAAGAAGUAUUUUGGUUAAUGCAGUUAAAAUAUUAAAACUGUACAGAUUUUCUCCUUUCAGGAGAAUGCUUAAUGGAGUUGUUCACUGUCCACCUAGAUUAAGUGCUUUGAAGAGGCAGUUUGUUGCCUGAUAAAUUGAUAUUUUAAGAGACUGUAAAAUUAUGGAAGCAAGUUAAAUUCCUUCCAGUAGUGCCACUGUAUUGUGUCUCUGAUUAAAUGAGCUUGGUGUAGUAUGUUUGAAAGUUUCUCUAAACAAUUAUUUGACUUGAUAGAGUUUGGGAAUAGGGAACUAAAUUUUAAAUAAAAAAAUAUAUAUAUGAUUGGUGCUGAUUUUAUAAUUGCAAAUCUUGUUCAGUUUUUCAUACUUUGAAAUUCCAAACAGAAGGACGAGGUUUAAAAAUUAUAAUUAAAAUUAACAGCGUCUAAAAUAGCAUGGAUAUUCAUGCUUAAGUAAUUUUUAAAUUUGUAUUUUAUAUUUUAUUCACAUCUGUCUUUGCAAGCAAUCUUCAGGUUAAAUGAACUACAGCUGGUCAUAGUACAGUUUGUUUUAAUAAUGUAAAUUAGUUUGAAGAUAUUAGACACCAAGAAAAUUACCCAUUUAUGUUAUUCCUUAAAUAUGGGUUAUGUUUUUAAUUUUUAUGGUAAAUUUUCCGUCAUAAUUAUAAAGUUUCUAAUAAUUCAUAGAACGCUUUUCAACAUUGUUCUGCAGUACUCUGGCAGCUGGUUAUUUUAUCAACUCUAUGUUGACAUUAACUUAUAAUAAAAAAAUGUACAUGACACUUCUUGCCGGUCUUCUUUCAUCUAUUGACGUAUUUUCUUUAAAUCAUUCCAUGCCUUAAACUGCUUGCAGUACAUUAUCUCCCAACUCCAUCUCCUGCAAAAUAUUUUGUUUAUUUCAAUUCGAUAAAUAUUCAGCUUUAUUUGCCAAAAUUAAAAACUUGGCUUUUGCAUCAAAUCUUAUUAUUAGUUCAUUAGAUAUGCCAUGAAUAAAUGGUUGUCUUUUGAAGAAUAGUUUGCUUUUACACACUUUAAGAACAUUGUUCAUAUUUGGCAGUACUGCCAUUAGUACACCACUGCGUUAAAGAACUGCUGAGGACUGUAUAUAUGAUUUUUAAAAUCAGUGAAAGCAGACUUUUCUACUUUUAAAAAAAGUUUGUUUUGUUGUAAAGGCAGUUCAUCAAACUGUAUGUUUUCAACCAACUGAAAUGUUUUAUAUUUACCUUAUCCUGUUGGCCUCCAUAUUUUGUUGUUCAUUGUACUGUUCUGAUUUGUAUUUAUGUCAUGAAACAGUAACUUUUUGAAUAAAAUUUAAACUAUAA